GUGCUGUGUGUUUGCUGCUCCGCAAUUUAUAAUUUUCUUGCUGGAAUUUUCGUUUUGCGAUUACCAUUUCAUUGUUUAAUCGUAUUAUCUUCUUCUUUCUCGUUCUUCGGCCUCGCCUCUGGCGUUACGGCGUGGAAACAAAUCCAGAGAUGGCAGGGGCAAAUCUCUGGCUGGCCGGCGGCCAAGCGGUAGCGACGGCGCCCCAAUUGAAGCCCUUCUAUUGCCUUGACUCCUCGCCCAAAAAACCCAUCAGCAACAGUUUCGGCUUCGUGGGUUGGAGUAGUUUUCUUCAUCACAGUAGCUCCAAGUCCAGAAUCCCAAAGAACUUCACGAAUUUACGGAGUUGCCGCUGUGGUAAUGGCGAUAUUAUUAGUAGCAGUUCCGCUGAUUUGUGUUCAUCUUCUUACUCAUCUCUGGACUGGGAUUGGAAUAGAUGGGGCCGUCACUUCGCUGAGAUCGAGCAAGCUGAGAGCUUUGCCUCUGUUCUCAAGUUUCAACUGGAAGAAGCAAUUGAAAAGGAAGAGUUCCAGGAAGCUUCAAAGUUGAAGAAGGCCAUAGCUGAAGCUACUUCAAUGGAUAGUGUUGCUGAAAUCAUGUUUGAACUCAAGAAUGCUAUUGACGAAGAGCGAUACCAUGAUGCUUCAAAAUUAUGUAAACACACUGGAAGUGGAUUGGUAGGUUGGUGGGUAGGUUAUUCAACAGAUUCCUCUGACCCCUUUGGAAGACUUGUUCGUAUAACACCUGGCAUGGGAAGAUUCAUCGCCAAGAGUUACACCCCAAGGCAGUUGGUCAAUGCAUCUUCUGGUACUCCAUUGUUCGAGAUAUUUGUUGUCAAAGAUCCAGAUGAAAAAUAUGUGAUGCAAGUAGUUUGUUUGCGAGCCAAAGCAAGUUCGAAGAAUUCCACAACUUCCCCACCUAAAUCUGUAAAACCCUCUACGGCUGAGGUGGAAAGUGUAUCUGAUGGAGAUGUUGAGCAAAAUGAGGUUAAAGAAGAGGCAACUGAUGAAAAGGGUGUAAAUAUCGAGGGAGCUACUGAGGAAGGAAUUAAAAGUGUGAUAAAUUUUCUUAAAGAUAAAAUUCCAGGGUUGAAAGUGAAAGUCAUGAACGUUAAUGUUACUGGAGAAGUGGCGGCGGAAGAUGAUGAUGCUUUGAAGCAGUUGAUUCAAGAUGAGGAUGAAAAGGCAGUGUCUAAUGAAGAUUCUGAAGACGAAUCUGAGAAGUUAGAAGAGAUUCAGUCGGAUGGAGUUUCCUUAGUGAGUAGUAGUGAGUCCUCAGAGGAUGUAAAAGAUCUCGAUAUGAAACUUUUUAUUGGUGGAGUGGUACAUAACAAUGAGGAUACCCCUACCAAGGAUGAUUAUUCCCGCGUGCCGGCUGAGAUCAAAGAUGUCGAGAAAGAUUCUUUCGUUCUACACAUCCCUGAGAGAAUCUUGGACUAUGACAAGGCAGACAGUAAGCCUUCCAAGUUGAAAGUGGCAGCAAUUGCAGCUAAAGGUGUUUCUGAACUUAUGCCUUCAGAUAUAGCGAAGGCAUUUUGGGGUGCCGACAAAGUUUCUUCAAAGGUUUCCAGGAAUGUGCGUGAAAUAUUCAAACUUGCUGUUAGUCAGGCUCAAAAGCAGAGUAGAUUGUCAGAAUUCACAAACUUCUCCAGAAUUACAAAUACAAACGAUCUAGAUCCAUUUGACGGCCUAUAUGUUGGUGCAUUCGGUCCUUAUGGAACAGAGGUAGUUCAGUUGAGGCGUAAAUAUGGUCGCUGGAAUGAUGAGAAAGGCUCCUCUGAAUUAGAGUUCUUUGAGUAUGUUGAGGCCGUGAAGCUGACUGGGGAUCUUAAUGUUCCUGCCGGCCAGGUUACAUUUCGCGCCAAAAUUGGGAAAGGGAGUCGCAAUUCCAAUCGUGGGAUGUAUCCUGACGAACUAGGAGUGGUUGCGAGUUAUAAAGGUGAAGGAAGAAUAGCAGAGUUCGGUUUCAAGAACCCGAGAUGGGUUGAAGGGGAACUUCUCCAACUGAAUGGCAAGGGAAUCGGUCCAUAUGUGAAAGGUGCAGAUCUCGGAUUCCUGUAUGUAGUCCCAGAGCAGAGCUUCUUGGUGCUGUUCAACCGGUUGCGAUUACCAGAAUAAGCUCAAGAAAAUGGAUCAUUUAUCAUCCCAUCAGAGAGUUUUUAUUUUUUUUGCAAGAAUGAAUGUAUACCACACCCCUCACUCUUCUACUAAUAAUGUGUAUGUACCUAUGCGAUCCUUGGACGAGAGGAGGGCGGUUUUCCUUCCUUGCCCCACACACUUCUCCCAACUGCUGCAUCCCUGAUAUUACUUACUCUCCACGUCUUCACUUGUCCAUUGAUUCUGGUAGCAAUCCGCGUCGAAACGCGAAAUGCUGAGAAAGGAGUGAGUUUAGAAUGGCUACUUCUUGCUUCUUUUUGCAGGUUUUUGCUGUCCAGGAAAAAUGCAAAGUGAUGUGGAAGUUUGGAACUGGUGAAGGGGGAAAGCUUAAAGGGAAGUAUUUGGUGCCUUUCUUCUUCUUGCUCCCUUUACGAGUAUAUUCUUUCUGAUCUCCAUGAUCAUGGCAGCUUACGCGUCGGAUUGGAGAUGGAUUUCCAUAUCCAAUUCUUUUCUUGGUUCAGAUUUCCUUACACGUUAAGCACCUUAGUUGAAUGCCAAAACGAGUGCUGUCCACAGCAAGUAAAAAAGUGCAGAGAAAAAAAAGGGGAGUCGGGGGGAAAGUAGGGGAUAGAAUUUGUGCCUUUAGAGAAAACAAAGCAAUCCCAUUAUACCAAGCUUACGCUAAAGCGAAGAACUUUUGCUUUUUAUAUCACCACCACCAUCGCACCUUCGUAUUUUAUCUUUGCUUGUUUGCUUCUUUUUGUGUUUUUUUUCCUUUU